UUGUGAAAUGUGCAGAUUUUAAUGCAAAUGACAACGAUUUAGGAGACUCGCCUCUUAUUCUACUUAUACUUUUAACAGUCGCUCAACUCUAUUGUUAUUGACAAAAACUGGUUUGACUCGAGUUGACUUUGUGCUGUUCAUUCUCCAUUUAAAAUGCCAUUUAGCUACAAAUGUGCUUUAGUUACUACUUUGUUAGCAACGGGAUCGUUUCAAAAAAUUUAAUUUUCGGUUGGUAUUUUUUUAGCCUUGAUCUUGAUGUUUUAAAAAACAAAACUGGUCGCGUUCUGUUUAUUGUUUAAAUUUUGUUCAUUGAAUUUGUAUCGAAAUAUCAAUUUGAAAGAUGAUUUUCCUACUAUUGUGUGUUUUUUUCGUGACGACCAUUUUGGUGAAAUAUUUCAUGCACAUGAGCCGAAUGGAACGAUAUGUGAAACACUUGAAAACAAAAGGCACAGUUUAUCCAUUUAUUGGGAAUGCUCAUGCGCUGGUGGGUAAAUCUGAUGUUGAACUGUUCAAAGAAGUAAUGCAAUUUGCGAGAGAAGCUGGAACACCAUUCAAGGCAUAUGUUGGGCCACUUUUAUUUAUGACAUUAGAUAAACCGGAAGAUAUGAAAACCAUUUUAACAUCACCACAUUGCUUGGACAAACCCUAUGUGUACGCAUAUAUGCCAAAUACAAACGGGAUUCUCAGUGCAAGAUACGCCUCCAUUUGGAAACCAAUGCGCAAGCUGAUGAAUCCGGCAUUUCAUUUGAAAGUUUUACAAUCAUCUAUGCCUAUUUUCAACGACGAAACAAAAAUAUUGAUCCAAAACUUGGACGCAAAAGUUGGCGAUGCAGAUUUCGAUAUUGUUCCACUGACGAAUUUCGUCACCUUGAAAAUGGUUUGCGCCACCACAAUGGGUGUAGACAGCAUGAAUCAUGAUGACAUCAGACAAUUUCUGCAUAGUAUGGAAAUUGUCUUCGAAACAAUAAUAAAUCGUUUCACCGCUGUCUGGACUCAACCGGAUUUCAUAUACCGUUGGACGUCCAUGUGCAACAAAGAGAAACAAAACUUUGAUAUUAUUCGCAAUUUCACGAAUCGAGUUUUCGAUAAAAAAAAGACAGAAUAUUUGACAAUAAUGAAUAAAUUCCCGCGAUAUAUCAAUGCGUCAGAUAAACCGUAUUUGACAUUGAUUGAACACUUGCUCGAGUCAUAUUUUGCUGGUAGAUGUAGCGAAAAGGUUAUUAAAGAGCAAAUCGAAACAAUGUUAUUGGCCGGCAGCGAUAGCACAGCAAUAACCAUCUCCUUUGCCAUUCUCAUGCUCGCGAUGCGUCCAGAGUAUCAGGAGAAACUAUUUGAAGAACUAAAGUCUGUUUAUGACACACAAGAUGGGGCAACAUUGUUUGAUCAUUUAACGAGAUUACCCUAUUUGGACUGUUGUUUGAAAGAAACAAUGCGAUUAUUUCCGGUGGCUCCGGUGAUUGGCCGCACGCCAGCUAUUGACAUUCCGGUCAGCAAUUGCACCAUUCCGAAAGGCACAACCAUUGCACUGUCGAUUUUAACACUGCAUCGGAGAAAAGAUAUCUGGGGCGAUGACGUUGAUGAAUUCAAUCCUGAUCACUUUUCACCGAAAAAUGUCAGCCAAAGACAUCCGUAUUCGUUUCUUCCAUUUAGUGCUGGACCAAGACAAUGCAUUGGCUAUCAACAAGCAAUGCUCCAAAUGAAAGUCAUGCUUUCGGCUUGCAUACGGAAUUUCAAAUUUUCAACACGUUUAAAAAUGUCCGAUUUGGAAUUAAAGUUUGAUGUAACGUUGAAAUUGAUCAACAAACACAUGGUUUCCGUUGAGAGACGCGAUUGGUAAGCGUAUAAUUUACAAUUGAUCCUGAAUUUCAUUAAUCUACAUACGUAUUUGUGUAAAAGCAUUGUUUCAUUUUGAAUCGAGUAAGCAAUUUCUAUGAGGUUUGGGACUAGUCAAUAGUCAAUGCUUUAAACGAGUCUGUGAAAAAUUGUAUUUUGAAUUUGUUAUUUAUAGUUUGUUUCGUAAUUUUGAAUGAAUAAAAUGACGUUUCUUCCUAAAAUCAA